CUUCCUUCCUCCGUUCCCGACUUCGGCGACGGCCGACCUCCCCACGCACGAACUCGAGGUCUCUUUGGUACCUCCGCUGGUCUGAUCGACUUCGAGAGCGCGGAGAAUGCAUUUUUAGGGUUCGUAGUUGAUCGCCGAUGAAACCCUAAAGCAAUUGGAUGAUGCCUCGCCUUCACCUUCCAUUUCUUGAGCCCUCUCCAACUCUUUGGACUUGUUGUUUUUGCGUUCCCCCUAUGUUUCCUUCUUCUCAGUAUUGCCCUUUUGGAUCCUCUGUUUAGAGAAUCACGCGAUAUGUUAUAAAGUUCUUUAUCACUAUCUUUUUGGAACAGAUUGGUAUUGUAUCACUUGCUCUUGAAAUUCUCAAGCUUUGCAUCUCCGAUUGGUAUUGUAUUUUGAACAAGGAAAAGGGAAGGGGCUUGCAAGCAAACUUUGUUGUGAGGCGGUAGGAAUCGGAUGGAAGGGAACGAGAUGUCCGUCGCUUUUGAGAACCGGGUAUUCAACCGGCGGUCCGGCCUCGGUGGUGGUCGCAUGGGUUGCACCCUUAUCACUGGCUUCCUUGGCGGUGGUAAAACUACCCUCCUGAAGCACCUCCUUGACCACCGUGGCGAUCUCCGCCUUGCUGUUCUUGUCAAUGAGUUCGCUGACUCCGAUGUUGACUCCCUCCUCCUUGACUCUGCCCGCCUCAACCGGGCAUUCAACCUAUCCACCGUCUCCCUCACGCAUGGCUGUGCUUGCUGUGAAGUCAGUGGGCCCUUCAGGGAAUCUCUUCAACGGAUUGUGGAUAGCAAGCACAACUUUGAUUGUCUUCUCAUUGAGACGUCUGGGUUGGCAAGACCUGAUAAAUUUGUGGCCGAACUAAAGGAAGUUGGCAUUCAUUUGGAUCUUGUUGUCGCUGUGGUUGAUGCAGAAUCGCUUGAUAAGAUAAUUAAAAUUGACAUCGUGAGGAAGCAGUUGGAACAUGUCGAUAUCGUUCUUUUAAACAAAUGUGAUUUGGCUACACUAAGUCAGAUAUCCAAUGCAGAAGAUAUUUUAGAAGAAUUGACAGCUGGUGCAAAGGUUGUCCGGUCCCAGUUUUGUAAGGUUCCUGUGGAUCUCAUUAUUGACUGUAGUAAACUUCAAGCACUAAACAUUGAAAAGAAUGAUGAAAGCAUGCCAGGAGUUCUUUCUCAUGAAUCAUUGCCUAAGAUGGCAUUCCAACGGUAUAUAUAUGAUAAUAGUCCAUUGCAAUUUUCUUCUUCUGGUCACACCAGCAACCAGCCUUCAGUUGGUGGUGAUAGAUCAUCAACUGAUGAUUUACAUCCCGGCUUUCCUCAUGGAGAAUCAUUUUCAUCUGCUACAUUUGAAGCUGAAGUUCCAUUAUCUUUGGUGGUUUUUCAGUCAAAAGUUCUAAAAAGCAUGAGGUGUGCAAGCAGCCUUAUUAGAGCUAAAGGCAUCAUAUGGUUUGCUGAGGAUAGAGAAAGCCGCUUUGUUUUUCAAUGGAGUGGUCUUAAAAGAGUAGAAGCAAUUAGUGGACAACCUUGGGAAAGCUCUCCAAAAUCAUGUAUUGUGCUUAUAGGCACUGAUAAGUCCGAACUGCAAACAAUCAUUUCACAGCUUUCAGCAUCUGCUAAUCCUCACAAUGAGGUCUCAUCAGAAUAUGGUAACCUUAAAGAACAUGCCAAGAGCUUUGCUUUGAUGGUUGCAAAUGAUGAUAGAUUUAAGGAACCUUCUCUUAAUAAGACUCCUCUUGUUAUAUUUGGUCUGAAAGGUUCACCAUUACGUGGAGUAAAGGAGUCUCAACUAAGUGGAGCUCUAAUGCAUGUGGUUAAUGGCAAAGGAAAUAUCUUCUUAACAGCGACAACUUUUGGAGAAGACUACAAUCUACAGAUUCUACUAGAUGAGAAAUCAACUGUAAAUGAUGCUUGGAGUGAAAUUCGAUCUGCCACCAGUAUAGUUGUCUCCAAAGUAUGCAAGAACUUUUGCCCAUGCAGGUCAGAUCUUACGGCACAUGUUCAUUGACAUGCUCAACCUGCUGCUCUUUGGAGUAUAAAUAACAUGGAGCCAGUUUCCUUUUCUUCCCGCAGCCGCCAUUUAGAAUUCAUAGACAUCGCUGCUGAGUGUCGAUCAUCCUCUCCCAAAUAUGAUGGCAACAUCAGGUAUCCUAUACUUAAACCAGGCUUCUCUUUUGUGUGGAUCGAUACGACAGGUAUCAUUUCGCUUUGCUGAACACAUGUUCUUGGUACAUUCUCUGGGUAAACAUUUCUUCCCAUCUUUGCAAAUGUAAUGCCACUAGAACAUGAUAGGGUCUGCUGUAAGUUAAAAGGGACAAUCUUCAAAGAAAUAGAAGAUUACAUUGCAUCACUAAAUACAAUAGGAUGGAAGAGGCUUUGCAA